AUGCCCGCGACCUGCCUCCCCAGUGAGGAGCCUCCGGGCGUCGGUGGGGAACCGGCGUCCGGCUUCGUAGUUGGACGUGCAUUCGCGUAUUUAUUUUGUGCCGAGAUGGCGCUGUCAGAACAAACUGACGUUAAAGAUUUCAAGAUUGAUGAAAAAAUGGAAGAAUCACAAAUACAGAAGUCUUUCGCCGGUAGUACGAUACUACUUACUGGAGGGACUGGUUUCCUUGGGAAACUACUAGUUGAAAAACUACUCAGAUCAUGUCCAGAUGUUAAAAAGAUAUUUCUUUUGACGCGCCCGAAGAAAAACAAAGACAUAUUAAAAAGGCUCCAAGAACAGUUUGAUGAUUGUCUUUUCGACAAACUCAGGAAGGAAAGACCGGAUUUUAUACAAAAAAUUCAAGUAGUGGACGGAGAUGUUAGCAAAAUUGGUCUCGGCAUAAACGAUGAAGACAGGAAAAAUAUUAUAAAUGAGGUUGAAUAUAUUUUCCACGGAGCAGCCACAGUAAGGUUUGAUGAAGCUCUAAAGACAGCUGUUGAAAUAAAUGUACGCGGAACUAGAGAAAUGUUGAUACUAGCAAGAGCUUGCACGAAGCUACGAGCUUUGGUGCACAUUUCCACUGCCUACAGCAACUGCCCUUUGAAAGAAAUAGAUGAGAAAUUCUACGAAUCUCCUCUCACUGCUGAGAAAAUGAUUGAUUUGGUUGAAAGUAUGGAUGAAACUACAUUGAACACUAUCACUCCAGGUAUAUUAGGAGACUUCCCAAAUACAUAUGCCUAUACAAAGUUCCUGGCUGAAGAUAUUGUGCAGAAGAACUCCUAUGGUCUUCCGGUCGCUGUGAAUAGACCUUCUAUAGUUGUUGGAACAGCAAAAGAACCAUUGUUGGGUUGGAUAGACAAUGUAUAUGGGCCUACGGGGGUGGUAGUCGGAGCAGGUCUGGGACUUCUCCACACUUUAAACUGUGAUCCAAAAGCAGUCGCUGAUUUAGUGCCGGGGGAUUAUGUGGUGAAUAGUUUGAUAGCAGCAGCUUGGAAAACGGCGCGGGAUCAUCCCGGGAACCACGAGGAAGCUCCUAUAGAUCAACUUCCAGUCAUCUAUAACUAUGUCUCAUCAGAGCAAAAGCCGUUGACUUGGGAAAUGUUUAUGAAAUACAGCGAAUUAUAUGGAAUAGAGACGCCUCCGUUGCAAGCCAUCUGGACCUACCUACUAAUACUGACGCCAAAUUUAUUUUUCUACAAAUUCUGCUGCCUCUUAAUGCACUGGCUACCGGCGUACAUCGUCGAUGGCCUAUGUUUUGUCAUCGGCAAAAAACCUAUGUUAAGAAAGGCGUAUACAAAAAUCGAAAAAUUCUCAGCGGUUAUCGGUUAUUUCGCUGUGAGACAGUGGAAGUUUCAUAACAACAAUACUCAAGGACUUUUCAAUGAAAUGUGCAGUGUCGAUAAAGAAAUAUUUGAUUUUGACAUCGGUUCUCUUGAUUGGGUAGAUUAUCACAAAACUUACGUCACUGGAAUAAGGCAAGUCGUUGUUUAG